GGUAGGUGGCGGCAUUGAAGAUAUAUGGCGUGUGAGAAGACUGCGAUGGAUGUUUGUUGAUGGUCGUUGACAGCGAGCUAAUCGGCGUGGUACUGGAGUCAGUCUUAGCAUCGAGCGUGACUGCUUCAAGAAUGCAGUCAUGGCGAAUGUAGGGACUACGACCGGGCAAAGUCCUUGCUCAGUCUCGCGUUGGCAUACUGGAAGCACGCCUUGUGAGGUGACUACCGCUGUACAUCAGCGGGGUCGAGCUGUCGAGAGACCCCCCCUCUUCGAAAGAGCUUUCGCCAGGACGCAAGGAUGACCAUGCCCAUCAAGGUACUGCUAUGGCCUCCAAACAGCGAACCGUCAGAGCCGCAUGUCUUUGCGGAAACGGCAAGCACGACCUCACUCUUUCUAGCACCGACUUUCCUCUGCCACUGAGCAUAUGCCAUUGCGCAUCAUGUCGACACAUGACCGGACAGCUAUGUCUGACAUCAGCUCGCCUUCCUUUGACAUAUGCGCCAGAAUCGACCCUCCUGAGUCGCCUUCAGAAGUACGACUUCUCCGAGAACAUAUCCCAUUACUUCUGCCCUUCUUGUGGCACCAAUAUCCUAUGCCGGACCACAGACCGCGAGAAUGGAACGAACCCUUGGAUGAUCGCUGUGGGUACUCUCGAAGAAGGCGAUACUUCAGUCUUCGAGGUCGCAAGACACAUCUUCGUAGGUGACACCGGUGAUGGAGGAAUGGCCGACUUCCUCACGAGCGUGAACGGCAAGCACAUUCCACGCUACGCGAAUCAUCCAGGAAGUGAACAAUUGCCUCUCUACAGGACUCAUCCCAACCGGCGUACUCAAGCCUCCGCCUCACCUGAUGACAAACUCCACGGCUACUGCCACUGUCGCGGAGUACAGUCCUACAUCUCACGUCCCUCAACACGCUCAGCAUGGGCAAAGAUCGCGCACGAGACAGGCUCCUACCCAACUGACCAACCACUCCCGCUCCAGCGCGAGACCUUCUGGCUCCGCGCCGACAGCACCAAGUUUCGCGCCGCCGUCUGUCCCUGCGACUCCCGCCGGCUCGCGGCCAACGGGAAUGCAUUCGCACAGUGGGCUUACAUUCCCACUGUCGACAUGUCGCUGGAUGCCGAGGGCAAAAUUCCCAUGCCAAAAUCACUGCGCUGGGGUACGUUGAAGACCUGCCGAACAUCGGAGCGAGCGUCGCAGCAUUUCUGCGGCAGGUGUGGAGCGGUGGUGUUCUGGAACACCGUUGCAAGGCCGCAUUUGAAGGACUUUGGGGUGGGUCUAUUUAAAGGUGCUGAUGGGGCGAGGUGCGAGGGUUGGUUUGAGUGGAGGACCAAGGAGAUGAGGCAUAGGGCGGAUGGGCUGAGAAGGGCGAAGGAGUUGACGUUGGCGGUGGAGGAGGGGUUGAGAGAGUACGGAAAGCGUCUUCGGACGGCAGCAAAGCUUUGA